AUCUUCUUUUGGGUUUAAAUUGGAUUGACCCUUGGCUGGUUGAGCCAAGGGUUGGGCACCAAUUAUCUGAUUUCUAUGUGCAAGAGAAAUUUUCUCUUGGCGCGUGAAGUUUCUCCUUGAGCGCAGAUAAAUAAUCAGUGUCCCAUAGGAUGGGAUGCCUCUUCCUUGCCAUAUCUGAUUUAAUUCUAUGCAAUUUUUCAUUGGGGCGUGGUGUAUUUAGUCGGCCAUUAGUUGGAUGGUUGAAUAGAUAAGGCAUGAAAUCAGAUUUUGAAUUAAUUCUAUCUUAGCCAAACCCAUGGGACGCCUCUUCCUUGCCAUAUCUGAUUUAAUUCUAUGCAAUUUUUCAUUGGGGCAUGGUGUAUUUAGUCGGCCAUUAGUUGGAUGGUUGAAUAGAUAAGGCAUGAAAUCAGAUUUUGAAUUAAUUCUAUCUUAGCCAAACCCUGAAUGCCCACUUAUCUCAUGCGCCACAUAUUAUGAAGCAUCGAUUCUUUGAUGUUUAUCCAUAUUUGUUUCCACGGUAAAAAUAUUUGGGGCAUGGAAUAUUAUGACUAAGGGGCGCAAAGAGUCAUUCUGAGAUUGAAAUUCUCAUUGAGUCAUCGGUUCAAAUGGAUAAACAUGGAAAGAAAUCCCAUGCGCCACUUGAGAGUCCAAGUGGUUAUGGACUCUCAAGAUCAUUACACGCCUAUUUAUUUUCAACACCCAAGUCCAAUUGGCAUCCCACUUCUGGGCCUUUGGAUGGCCAUAAGGAAGAACUCUAUCUGUUGGAUAGAGUGGGAGCAGAGGUUGAAGUCACGCGACCUCUUGAAGAAACACCGGAGAAUUUUUUUCGAAGAGUCUUUCUGUGUGAAGGGACUCUUGGAUUAAUUCCCGAUUGUUUGCCACGUGGUGUUGAAUUUUCAACCCGAUGUGAGAUGCUUAGAUGGGCGUGAGAUCUUAUGGAUAGGCAUGAGAAAUCUGAUGGGAAGGGCGUGAGAUGAUUUGGUUGGUGUCCGAUCGCUAACUAUGAAUAGGUUGGCGCACUCGAGGUAUUUCAUCCAUCGGAGAAAAUUCCUAUCCCUUCUUUCUUACAACUCUCUCCCUUUUGUCCAAUUAUCCUCUUGUUUCCCUUAUUAUGACAAGUCUUAAAAUAGUAAGGACAAGUCCGAUUUUAGGACAAGGAUCCAGGAAGAGAAUUAAGAAAGACAAGGAGAAAAGAAAGGUAGGGAAAGAAAAGACUAAGAGGAGGAGAAGGAAGCUCAGGGGUUACGCUGCUUGAAGGAAUUCUUAGAGAAAGAAUUCAGAAGGAGGAACCAGUUAAGGAGCAAGAGUAUUGAUCAAGAUCCUGUGUGAAUCACCGUUGGAGGGUGAACACUUAAGCACUUGAUGGAAGUUUUGCCGAAAUUUGGAUUUAGCGAUGCAGAGACUACACUAAAGCUGGAGGCUCUAGUUGGUGAACUGGAAGAUGCCACAUUUGCUAUAAUGAGCCAUUCAAGAAAUUAUAUCCUUUUUAAUCAUUCAAAUGCAUCAAUUCCAUCUGGUAGUGGACAGAAGCAAGGAAAGCUGAUGCUUGCUAUUACAAGCAUGAAAAAUAUUGAGGAAAUCUUGGCAAGUGUUGCACGUAGAAGACCUCUAUGGAAUCAUCUAGUCAUGGCUGUUGAUUCUAGAGUAGAAAAUACAUUUUCUUUGUUGAGGCCACAAGCUCUUAUGGAUCAUCGAGCUUUACUUGCAUCUCUUGGAUGGCCUCCAGCCCUUUCGAAGUCUGGCUUAGAAUGGGAUAAAAGCUUGGAAAUUCCAAACCCCCUAGUUCUGAUGGAAGGAGAAAAGAAAGAGAUUUAUUCUCAAAGCUUUGUAGAGCUAUGUGCUUUGCAGCAUUUGCAGGCUCAACGGGAAGAAAGACUACUUGGUCUUUUAGAAAAUCAGAAGAGGCAUAAGCUAUUAAGUCAUACCAAUUUGGACAGACAAACUUGUGAUUAUAGUCUUUGGACAAUCGAUGAACUAGUGCACCCUAUUGCAUCAAGGAUGGAAUACCAUUUUUCUAGAUGGUUUAAUGAACCAAAAUUCAUUUUUGCACUUGUUUACAAAAUAACUCGUGAUUUUAUGGAUGGAAUGGACAAUGUUUUGCAGCCUUUGAUGGAUCAAGCAAGACUUGUAGGUUCUAGUGCUAGAGAAGCUUGGGUGUCAGCAAUGGGCAAAUUGCUUACCAAAUAUUUAGAAAGGCAAGUGUUUCCUCUUCUUGCUAAAACAUAUGAUGCCAGAAAUCAAACAAUGGAUGUCACUUCAUCAUGGCUUCAGUUGGUUGACCUUAUGAUUUCUUUUGAUAAGCGGAUGAAAGUUCUUGCAGCUUCAGUAACUCCACUCAUGGGGCCUCUUUCAGAGUUUGAGGAAUUUUCAAGAUCAUUGUCCAUAUUGUCAAUAUUUAAUGAACAUUCCAAUUGGCUCCAGACAUGGGCUGAGAUAGAACUCAAUGUUGCUGAUGACAAACUAAAAUCUGAGUUGGAGGAUGAGAGAAGUUGGUUCAUUGAUUUUAGAAAGCAAUCAGAAUUUUCCCAUAACAAAGAAGCUGAGUCAUUCCUUCUUUCCGCUAGAGAAGACUAUAAAGCUCCACCUAUUGUAGAUUCUGUUAUUAAAAUUGCAUGGUCUAUGAUAGAAAGGGGUCAAGCUUUACCAAGUAAACCAAUGAAAAUUCAAUUUAUCAGGUGUUCUGCAAACAUUUUCUUAAAACAUUUCUUCACCAUCUUGUUUGAACGCUGUCAAAAUAUAAAGUUCAUGGCAGCUAGUAUAGGGGAUGAUGAAUUGCUGAGAGUUGCUGGUGCAGUAAAUGCUGCCCGGUUUUGUGAAUCUGUUAUGCGUGAAUGGAGUGAGGAUGUUGUCUUCUUGGAGAUGAGUGCUGAUGAAGAUGAGCAGAAAGGAAAUUGCCAACACCCACAUGUUUCCUUUUUCGAAGAUGAGAUCAAUUAUCUGGUUGAACUGGAGAUUGAUUGUCUUGAGGGGAUUAUGUCUGCUCUUCUACUGGAAUUUGAUGCUCUUUGCUGGUGUUAUGUUCAGAACAUUGAACAGUGGGAAGAUGAAAAUAUUGAAUUCAAAAACGAGAUGUUAGAUGAAGAACUUAUGACUGUCUCACCUGGGUUUGUUGAAGCACUAGACAUGCUGAAAGACCGGAUCAACAUCUUGAAGUUAAGUCUUAAUUCCCAGGACUUUCUGGAUCUAUGGAGAAGCAUUGCUGGUGGUCUUGAUCAUUUCAUUUUCAGAAGCAUCCCUUUGAGGGAUAUUAAGUUCUCUUGUCAGGGAGUUAAUCAAUUCAGAACUGACAUGAAAACACUUUUUCUUGUUUUUAGUUCGUUUUGUGCUAGGCCUGAAGCGUUUUUUCCUUUCACAAGUGAGUCUUUGAAGCUUCUAACCAUUCAUUGUAAAGAUGCGGAUUUUCUGCUUGAAAUGGUAUCAAAGAGUGAAAGUGAAGAGGAAGAGUGCCCAAGACUCCUAGGGUUGUCCCAUGUAACCAUUAGUCAAGCCAAACUAAUCGUGAGGAAUAGGAAAUUUGUCCGUUGAUAAGUGGAGAAGAAAAGAUGGAAUUUCACUGUGGCUUUCAUGGGUUCCUAAACUAAAUCAUGUUAGUUAUCAGACUCCAAAUCUUUUCCACAUGUAAACGGAUUAAAAAUUUCAACCAUGUAGAAGUCUAUACAUUUCUUUUCCAAGUAUUCCAAUUGAUGGAA